UCAGCGCCUGUGUUUCGGAAGUAGCAGGUUAGCGUGAGAUUAGCUCGCUCGCUAAUGGUUUCUGUUAGAAACGCUCCGUGCUCGAGUUUCUAAUGGUGUUAUUUGGACGUUGGAGUUAUUUGGCUUAUGGUCGCAGUGUCCAGUUUGUGAGAAAUGCAGGACGACUAUAACUUACCGGAAAUAGGAUUUGUGCAACAAAUUCUGAGUUUGAAUUUGGUCCCAAGGAAGAAUGCUACCUGUGGGAGGAACGACACGUCCCUGUGCGACUUCUCAGAGAUGUGGUAUGGGGUGUUCCUGUGGGCUGGAGUGUCCUCACUGGUGUUCCACCUUCCCGCAGCUCUACUGGCCCUCGCCACUCUCCGGGGACAUAAGAUGGCACGCUUCUUUCCCCUUGCCAUCAUGCUCAUGGCCAUCAUAGGUCCUCUUUUGGGAGGCGUGCUCACUAGUGCAGCCAUAGCGGGGGUCUAUAUGGCAGCAGGGAAGAGGAUGAUCUCGUUGGAGGCUUUUGUGUUUGGAGUAGGACAGUCUUUCUGCAUUCUUGUCAUCUCUUUCCUCAGAGUGUUGGCCACGCUGUAGCACUGAGCCACCGAGGACAGUGACCGCAGUGGACUCGCUUCACUUCCCAUGGAUGUUAUAUGCAAAAACACUGAAGCCUUAUUUUCCACGUGUGUCCCCAGAACUCUUAUUUCCAUGUGCACUUAUAGUGCAGUUUUUCACCUAAAAGGUUUCAGGUGGACAUUCUUUCUCUGUGAUCAGUCUACAGAUGACGAGCUGUUUUUAAAAUCAGAGCUGUACUUCGUACACGUUUCUUGCACUUGAGCUUAUGUAUAAAGUAUGCAGCCGAACGUUACAGGAGAAAGCUGCAAAUGGCUGCAAACCGAUCCUCAGAGCAACAUUGUUAGAAUCUUCUAAAUAAGAUUUAACUUUCCCUGUGGUUUAGAGAGGUGUGUGUCGUCACCAUGAUCUCACACCAUUCUGAGUCCACUUUCUGAGGUAGUGAUAAUUGUCUUUGCAGUUACACAGCUAUGAGUCUUAAUGCUAUUUGACUUAAUUCAACAGAGAUUAGGCUCAGGUUAAACUAGUUUGAGUUUAUAUACACUAAAGUCCAUUACAGCUUCCUCAUGUUCUAAUUGUCUAAAACAUUUUACCUUUAUUUUACACUGAGCAAACCAUUUCAUAGGCUAAAUGAUCUAGGUUUUUUUUCAGUACAUAGUUGUACAUUUGUUUGUUUUUUAACCUGAGAAGUUUGAUGACUAUUUCUACUUUGCGUAUAGAGUACUCCAACACACUCGCAAUUUGUGAUUUUUUUUUUUUUUUUUUUUUUGCAGUUAAAUCAUUCUACAUUUAAAAAAUCAGCUUUAUUUAUUUAAACAUGCAUUACUACACUCACAAAGCACUUUAUUAGGAACACCUGUACAUACUAUACUCAUUCAUGCAAUUAUAUAAUCAGCCAUUUCUUGUGGCAGCAGUGCAAUGCAUGAACUCAUGCAGAUAUGGGCCAGGUAAUUGGGUAAUGUUCACAUCAACCAUCAGAAUGAUGAAGAAAUGUGAUCUCUAGUGAUUGAUAAACUGCUGAUCUCCUGGGGAAUUUUCACACACAACCAUCUGUAUAGUUUACAAAAAAACCCAUCCUGUGAGCAGUGGGUCUGCAGGCUGAAACUCCUUGUUGAUGAGAGAGAUCAGAGGAGAAAGUUGAAGUGUAAAGUUCAACACAAACUGCAAAGAAAAAAAAAUCACCUUGUCUGUCCUGCCUUGAUUGAGUCUGUGCCCAUGAUAGCAACAGAUUCUUGUUCUUGGCUGACAGGAGUGGAACCUGAUGUGGUCUUCUGCUGUUGUAGCCCAUCCACCUCAAGGUUUGAUGUGUUAUGCAUGCAUCCUUCCUGUCAGCUCAAACCAGUCGGGUCAUUCUCCUCUGAUCUCUCUUGUCAGUAAGGUGUUUCAGGUACAGACCUCUGCUCACAGACCUCUGCUCACAGGUUUUUGGUUUUUUUUGCACCAUUCUCUGUAGACUCUACAGUGAAAAUCCCAGGAGAUCAGCAGUUUCUGAAAUACACAAACCAGCCCAUCUGGUACCAACAUCCACACCACGGUUAAAGUUCCAGAGAUCACUUUUUAACAUUAAGUAAACCUGUAGCUGCACGUUUCUUUUUGUUUGUUUGUUGUUUUUUUUUGCAUUGUGCUGCUGCUACAUGAUUGGCUGAUUUAGAUAACUGCACAAAUGUACAGGUGUUCCCAAUAAAGUGGACAUUGAGUAUAUAUUGUUCCAUUGGUAUUAUUCUCAUAUUCCACAAGAAACAACCUAAAUUAUUUUUGUCUGCUAUGUGAACGUGUAUCUUCAAAUUUUUUUUGGCUUUCCACCAAAGAGAUUUUAAUGCUAAUAUAAAGUUAUUGAAUAAUUUACCUACGGUGACCUUUUGAUCUUGUCCUGAAAAGGCUUUAUGCAAUUAAAUCACUCCUAACUCAACAAGCACAGCAUAACCGUUAAAAUAAUUUAACUUACUGCCACUAGAAAUAAAAGGCUCCUUCGUUUACAUAGAUUCAAGCACUGCUUUUGAUCUGGCAAAGUAAUGUCUUGUGCUACUAAUCCAUCAGAAACGAUGACUGGAGGCAGCAACGCAGAUGGAGUAUUGCUGAAUAGAUCGCUCAGUCAUGUGUAAUCGCAGCGCUCAGAGUAAGAGGCAGGUUCAGCUGCUGUUGUGUUGUAGCAGUUUGUCUCAGGUAAUCUGUCAGAGUACGGGAUUUACUUAAAGGUAGAUUUCAGAAAAAAAAAAAACAUGCUAAUGUGUAAAACACAAAUGAUUACCCAUUAGCAUGAUCCGAUUUGCAUAACACAGACUGGUCCUAAAUAGUUUAUAAUCCUUUAUCCCUUUUUUCACAGCAGAUUACAUUGCAUUCUCUAGUUAUAUAAGGCCUAUAAUUCUUUUUUUUUUUCCUUCAAACCUCGGUAACAGUGUGGACUGUGAAAGAAAUCCUCACCCUUUAAAGCUGGCUGCAGCUGGAAUGUUUGGCAGGUUUGGCAGCUGUGGUUCAGAUUGAAAGUUUCCUUAUUCUGAGUUUAUGAUCCAUUUCACAUAUCGAUAUAUUUUUCUAAAAUUCAUCUAGCCUCCUUUAGUCAACACAGUGACUCACCAGUGUUUUCCUCAUCUGUCUUUGUUUUCACUGAAAAACAGAUUAUUUCAUGUAUAAUAUGGGUCUAUGGUUUGAUUUUCUUAUUGUGUAGAGGUGUUCGUUUUCAAACUGUACAUUAAGUGCCGAUUGUCAAUAUUUUCAUGUAAUAAAAGAGUUUAGAUUCUA